UCGGUUGAAUUAGUGUCAAACUUGAAAGAAUAUCAAGAAGAUAAAGGUUAGUUUGUUUUCUAAUUAAAAGUUAAGGUAGUAAAACUGUAAAACUGCUCCGGUUUUCUUCAUUUAUUACAAAUGAUUCACGAUUAUAAGCUUAAAGAAUCGUAUCCAAAUAUUGAAAUUGCUAUAAGGAUUUUUCUCUCAAAGCCCGUUACAACAGCUUCACGUGAAAGGAGUUUCAGCAAACUUAAAUUGAUAAAAACAUACUUAAGAUCAACAAUGGCUCAAGAGAGAUUAUCAAGCAUUGCCAUACUUUCAAUAGAAACAGAAAUCGCUAGUAAAUUGGAUUACGAAGAAGUUAUUGACAAAUUUGCCGACACAAAAGCAAGGAAAAUAUCGUUAUAAAUAAUGAUUAUUUCAUUUUUAUUAUUAUUAAUUAUUAUUUUGAAAUACCUUAUAAAUAAAUUUGUAAAAUUCGAAUUGAUUUGUUUCCUAUAAUAUAACGUUGAGAAUUAUAAACUUGUGGCUAAAAAUAUUAUUUCUUGUUUAGCUCGAAA